AAGCUCUGUAAAGAUAUGAUACCAAAAUUACUAUAAAGUCUAAACAAUCUUAUUAUUUUUAUGCACCCAAAAGAAAAUAAUAUAACUCAAUCAAGAUCUCAAAUCAACCACAACUUGAGGAAGAAAACUCUUCAGUAUAGAGACAAAGCAUUGUGUUUUUGAAGACCAAUGAGAGACAUGACAGAGAUAAGAUCGGGACUUGAGUCGGAAUCUGAUCCUUACGCCGACGAUGAAAUAAGUAUAGUUCCACAAGUGGAGUUAACCGUGCCUAAAACCGAUGAUCCAACUGCACCGACGGUUACAUUCAGGAUGUGGGUUUUGGGCAUAGCCGCGUGCGUCCUCUUGUCAUUUGUCAACCAGUUCUUUUGGUACAGAACCAACCCUUUGACCAUCUCAUCUGUGUCUGCUCAGAUUGCUGUUGUUCCCAUUGGUCAUCUCAUGGCUAAGGUUCUUCCGACAAGGAGAUUUUUCCAAGGGACUAGGUGGUCUUUCACGAUGAAUCCUGGUCCGUUUAGUACCAAAGAACAUGUUCUUAUAACUGUGUUCGCAAACUCAGGCUCCGGAGCUGUUUACGCUAGUCAUAUUCUUAGUGCUGUUAAGCUUUUUUACAAGAGAAGGCUUGAUUUCUUUCCUGCUUUACUCAUUAUGAUCACAACUCAGGUAUUGGGAUUUGGUUGGGCUGGUUUGUACAGGAAACAUUUAGUUGAGCCUGGUGAGAUGUGGUGGCCAAGCAAUCUCGUUCAAGUAUCUCUUUUCAGAGCGUUGCACGAGAAAGAGGUGAAAUCGAAAUGGGGAAUUACUAGAAACCAGUUCUUUGUUAUCGCGCUAGUCACCAGCUUCUCAUAUUAUAUUCUUCCCGGUUACCUCUUCAGUCUCUUGACCACCGUCUCUUGGCUAUGUUGGAUUAGACCUAAAUCUAUUUUAGUAAACCAGCUCGGUUCAGGGUCAGUUGGUCUCGGUAUCGGAGCCUUUGGUCUAGACUGGGCAACCAUUGCGUCUUACCUCGGAAGCCCACUCGCUAGCCCGUUCUUCGCGACAGCAAAUAUAGCGGUCGGGUUCUUUCUUCUCAUGUACGUAAUCACACCCUUAUCGUACUAUCUAGACUUCUUCCACGCCAGAACCUUCCCAAUCUACUCCGGAAAACUCUUUGUAUCCAACGGACAAGAGUACAAGGUAAGGAACAUCAUCAACGACGAGUUCCGGCUUGAUCACAAGGCGUACGCAGAGGCAGGACCAGUCCACAUGAGCACUUUCUUUGCUGUUUCUUACGGGCUAGGUUUCGCCACCUUGACUGCUAGUGUUGUCCAUGUAUUGCUUUUCAACGGCAAAGAUCUUUGGAACCAAUCCAAAGGAGUGCUUCGUGGAAACAAGAAAAUGGAUAUACAUACAAAAAUCAUGAAAAGGAAUUACAAAGAAGUUCCUCUCUGGUGGUUCCUUUCGAUUUUCGCGGUGAAUAUUGCAGUUGUUAUCUUCAUGUGUUUUUACUAUAAGACGCAGAUUCAGCUUCCUUGGUGGGGAGCUUUCUUGGCUUGUUUGAUAGCUAUCUUCUUCACUCCUCUCGUCGGUGUGAUCAAGGCCACUACUAACCAGGCUCCGGGUUUGAAUAUUAUCACGGAAUACAUCAUUGGGUAUGCUUAUCCAGAGAGACCUGUUGCAAACAUAUGCUUCAAGACUUACGGAUACAUAAGCAUGUCUCAGUCUUUGACUUUCCUUGCUGAUUUGAAGCUUGGAGCUUACAUGAAAAUUCCCCCAAGAACCAUGUUUAUGGCACAGGUAGUGGGAACUUUAGUAGCAGUUCUUGUUUAUGCAUCAACAGCUUGGUGGCUAAUGGCCGAGAUCCCAAACCUCUGCGACACUUCUCUCCUUCCACCAGGAAGUCAAUGGACAUGCCCAACCGAUCGUGUCUUCUUCGACGCAUCAGUAAUCUGGGGACUUGUAGGACCGAGAAGAAUGUUUGGUGAUCUUGGAGAAUACGCAAACAUAAACUGGUUCUUCUUAGGAGGGGCAAUAGCUCCAGCGUUGGUCUACUUAGCCACAAGAAUCUUCCCAAAGAAGAAAUGGAUCUCAAACAUUCACAUGCCGGUUCUGAUUGGAGCCACUGCUAUAAUGCCACCAGCUACUGCGGUUAACUUCACGAGCUGGCUUGUUAUGGCGUUUGUGUUUGGACAUUUCGUGUUUAAGUACAAAAGAGAGUGGUGGCAGAGAUACAACUAUGUUCUGUCUGGAGGAAUGGAUGCAGGAACUGGGUUUAUGUCUGUGCUUUUGUUUCUUGCGUUGCAACGUAGUGACAUUAUGCUUGGUUGGUGGGGAAACUCUGGUGAAGGUUGUCCUGUUGCUAAAUGUCCAACUGCAAAAGGUGUGAUUGUUCAUGGUUGUCCUGUUUUCUAGACCAUUUAUGUUGGUUCUUAAGAGCAGUUUAAAUUAAGCCGAUUUUAUUUUGUAAGUUAUAAAAAUGUUUACUUAUUAAAAUGCCGAGAUGAAAAUGCUUUAAAAUCUC